UUAGUCGCAUGCGUCGCUAUCGCCGCGAUCAAGUUACACUUUGAACACAUUGCGGGCUGUAUCAGUGCCAGUGUUGUGAUAUGGACAUGUGACAUGCAUUGAUAGUUAACGCUAUGCGAGUGAUUAAAACGAAUAUAAACAGGUUUUUUUUAAUUGAAAAAAGACCUCCGCAGAUUGAAUAUGAUGACGGUAAAUUGUAAGAUCGAGCGGCUGGCGCAGUAUGAGCGACUGGUAGGCGGCGGGUGCGGGCGGAGACGCGCGGCGCGCCUGUCGGACCUGGAGCGCGUGCAGGACCUCUUCCCGCACGACUACCUCGCCCUGCAUGACGCUGACGCGCCGUCGGCACUCGCCUCGCACCAUGCACAGAAAUCAAAGAGCCUUCGCAAGCGGCCCAGCCUGGACAUCGGGGGGACUGUUGGCGCCAACAACAGCACCCUCUCGCCGCGGACCUUCAUCAUGGAGGCGCCCGUCCAGCUCGGUCCCUUGGGCACCACCUCCCCACCGCUAGAUCGUCAUUUGUUCCUGUUCAGCGACCUGCUCCUCGUCGGGAAGUCGCGGGGGACGAACUGCUUUAAGUUGAAAGAGAGCGUGAGACUGGCCGAAGUGUGGCUUUCACUGCCAGACGGCGACGACACGGGCUUCCUGAUCGGGUGGCCGACGACGACUGGAGUCGCCAACUACCUCGCCACGUACCCAACGCAAGCUGCCAGAGACACCUGGUACAGGAAAAUUCAAAACGCUUUAAACGCCCAGUUGGCGACGGAACCAAAGUCAACAAACAUCCAGAUCUUCUACAAAGAUUUGACAAGCUCGAUAGAAUUCUGCAAAACAGUAUCAGUGGGUCCAGAAAUGAGUGCUCGAUGCGUAGUGCGGCAAUCACUGCACGUUCUGCAAAACGGUGGCAGUGAAGGAGAUGCCGACGGCGAUGGCGAUGGGGAGCACGAGGGAGAAGGAAGAUGGGGCAACGCAAACGAGUUCACAUUAUGCGUCAGGCCGACCAGAGACACGCCACCAACGCCUCUCCAUGGCAUUGAAAGACCCCAUGCUAUUCAAAUGUCAAGAAUAAGGCAGACGUUAUCAAAUGAAGACGGUUUUGAUUUGGAGCACGUGAACGCGAAGAAUAAUCCUUGCGGGCUGGUCUUCGAAUUGAGGAAGAAAAACCAGGCUUUAAAAAACGGCAGCACAACGCCCGGUCGCGGUCUUCGGCUCCUGCGCCGCGGCGGGCGCCUGUUCGGCGUUGCGCUCACGCGACUUUGCAGCGGUACGCCACCGCCGGCGCUGCUGCAAGCGCUGCGCCGCCUGCGGGUAGUCGCGCCGCUCACGCACGGCGUCUUCCGGCGCAGCGCUAACGCUAAAGCGCUGAGACUGCUGAGGGAUAAGCUGGACACGCUAGGCCCGUGGGCGGAGACGUGCCCGGAGCUGGAGCGGGCGCCGGUUCUGCUGCUGGCGGCGCUGGUGAAGGAGUUCUUCCGCGCGCUGCCGCAGCCGCUGCUCGCCGCCGAGCUCUACCCCGCCUGGCUGCAAGUGCUCACAUUAUCACAAGCAGAAAAGGUCCCAGCAGUGCGAUCUUUGCUGCUGAAACUGCCGAAAGCUCACUACACCAUGCUGACGUACUUCGUGUGCCUUCUACAAGCCAUCGCGAAGAAGUCCAACAUCAACCUCAUGUGUCCCAUGAACCUCGGUGUUUGCGUGGGACCCAGCCUUCUUUGGCCCAACACGCCCUGUGACAAAGCUCCCAAAGCAGUGCCAAUGGUUGUCGAACUACUCAUUGUAAAAGCUGAAGCUCUAUUCGGACCACAAAUCUCCGGUCUUCUUGGAAACGGCAGCCCUGAAUCUUCUAACGCUCUACUUGACUCCGGUGCAGAAGAAAGCGACAGCCUUCACUCCGUUGGAAUCUCUUUAGAUUCCAUGGAACUCUCCACGCCACGCAAAGAGAAGUUGUCGCUCAGUAGAGAUUCCGGUCUGACGUUAUCAGAGGACGACUCAAACAGCAACGGGGGAAAUAGCCCUGCACCCAGAAACAUUUUGCACAGCCUCUCAGCACCCACUUGCAAUAUACAGCAAGAAGGAAAGUUGGUGUCGCGAUACACCGACAAUCACAACGUAAACGGUCUUCCCCAGAUAUCGCAAAGACAAAAUAUUUAUUCAAAUAAAGCAGAAAUGUAUAGCACAGUUAACGAAGAAUUAUACACGUCACCAUAUACGGGAGAACGAUACGUGCAUAAUUCCAUAAAUAUAGGAAUCUCAAAUGGCAUUGACGAAAGAAACUACGUCUCCAAAACCGCAUUACAGCGAUCCACAGCUGACAUAUAUGGACAGUGUCCAGCGAAAUACAUAACCGGUUUGGAACCACAAAAACCACCGAGAAGUAUUUCUAAGGCGGCUAGAACGUCGAAGGUGUACAGUAUGUUUGCAGAAACUCAAGAAGCUGAUAAAAAUGUGCCCAACAAAAAUUUUAACCGAGCGAAAAGUUCAGAUAACUUAUUAGAAUCAAAGCAAGAAUCAGUAGACAAUAAGCGUGACCUAGUUUCUAGUCAAGAAAAUAUCGUUUAUAGUAACAUACACGACUUAGCCAUGUUCACAGAGAAUAUUCAACGACAAAACCAAUAUCAAUCUCACGCUGAGGUGAUGAAAAACGCAAAUACGAAUUAUUCACGAGUCUACACGGGGUGGGAGAAAAAGAGCGCCAACUACAAUAGUAAAACCAGCAACUGUUCGUCGGAAAACAUUUAUGGGCAAAUGAGCAAGAAACAAGGUGAAUCCUCGCAGAACAAACCAGAUGGGAACGUGACACCGGCAGCCACCAUUUUUACAAGAAAUGACUGGUCUCGUCAAGCAGCGAGGACGAAGAGCUUGGAAGUGAACGAAGAUGUCCAAACGAACGCGGAGAGGACGCGCAACGGAAAUUACGAGGUGAAUGUGGUUAACUGCUGCCGCAAGAGACGGUUCGAUCCCGCGCACAUGUGCACCAAGAGCUGCGCCGGCCUCCAGGCGUCCAGCAAACCGCGGGAGCAAGAAAAACAUAUGAAUCCCCUUCAGAACUCGUACUCCUACGUGGACGAUAUGCGCAGUAACAAUUCUGAAGAUAAUAAGAAGUGUAGACUCCGAAACUACAACAACAACAGGUUGAACCAGUCGAAAUCGCUGGCGAACAUCAUCCUUCAUAGCGAUUCAAGUAGCAACGACACGCUGUAUCAACCGCAGAACUCGUUCAACAGCAGAUCGACGGAGUCGCCGGCCAGUGAGAACUCCUUCGAGAACUGCUACACGUCCCAGUACAUCGAGCCGCUGUACACGUCUGUUUACAACCGCACAAGGGAUAUAUUCCACGAAGAUAAAUACAACAUGUUCUCGUCAGACAUUUACAAGGCGACCCCGACUGCCGUGCAACCGGAGUAUCACAACUCCGAGGAGCAGAACAACAAUAAGAAGCCGCCGCACAUGCCCCCGCCCGUGCCUCCGAGGAAGAUGGUGUACCAACGAGUUUUAAAGAAAUUCCAGCCGGUCCACGUGAACAAAGACGACAAGGCAUCGCGAUCCAAGUCCGUGCCGCGACUUUACCCGAACAACGGUGCUGACAAAACUACACAAAAUGGUAUAGCAUUAGACGGAACCGAUUCCGACACGGAAUCCGAGUCGUACGUCUGAAAGCACAAAAUAUUUUAUAUGUACUGCUUUAAACACUAUUAUAUUACAGGUAAACCUUUUAACGUAGGUAGCGCUACACAGACCGUUUUCCGACAAUCAUCACAUGAGCAUCUUAGGUAGCAAUCUCAGUAGGAAUAUUUAUAGUUUGAUUCAUUCAUCAUACACUUUAUUGUAUCCAAGUUAUUGGAAGCUUUGUGUGCAUUGACUUUUAUUCUUAUUUUAGAUAUGUCUUGUGAAUCCCGCCUGAAAGUUUAAAAUGUGUGACCAUAACCAGAGUUGUUUUGGU